AAGAACUAUGCCACACUCCUCAGAUGCUCCAAAAGAAACGAAGGUCCUGAAGGCUGAAGAGCUGCAGUUGCCAGACAAGAGGAGCUCAGUGAUGCUGACAUGCAGCUCCAGCAGCUACCCACCAAUCCACCGAUACUCCUGGUACAGGAAGUCGACGGAUGACAGAGGAGAUGACAAAGUGUCCGAUCAGCAGAACCACAGUGUGACCUCUGACAAGCCUGGGAUCUACUACUGCUCUGCCCUGAAUCAGUUAGGUGAAAGAAGAUCCGAUCCAGUGGAGCUGUUUGUAGAAGGAGCCUCUCUCAAAGUCCUGAAGUAUGUCUUCAUUUCUGCUUCACUUCUGCUCAUUCCAUUGGCGGCUGGUCUCAUCUUCAUCAAGUGCAAGAGGAGGAUCAAACACAGAGCUAACCCAAGUGCUGAAAGACCACUGGAGGUGCAAGCUGUGCCCCCAGAGGAAGCAUCUGUGGUCUAUACCAAUGUGCAUUAUACCAAAAGCAGCAAGCCAGGACAAGAUGUUGUGUACGCGGCUAAUAAACCAAGCGGUGAAGAGGGAGAGGAGGAGGUGAACUAUUCCCAUGUGGAGUUCAAACACAACAGAGUGAAGCACAAGAUCGGGAAAUCAAGUCGCUGUGAGGAUGAAAACACUGAAUACUCCACGAUUAAAUUCUGAGAACAAAAACAAGGAAUUGUUGGUUUAAAUCCAAUGUGAAGUGAUGCACCGUUCGGCUGGUAUAUAACAGAUGCUGCAUACUUUUAUAUGCUAUGAAAACUGUAUUUUAAUAACAAGCAAAACAGAAUCAGAUUGUACAUAAGCUUCAUCUGCACAUCAUGCCUGUUUUAUGAAAGUGAAUUAACCAUGCUGCCACUGUUCUCUGGAAAAUCUUCU